AUGUCCGAUUACCACUUCGAGGCAGGUAGCGAUGAAGCAAUAAUGGCAUUAGGCAAGAGAGGGAUAAAACAGAGUUUUUGGAUGAGCCAUGCCAGCUUAAGCCCUUGCUUUGUUCGUAUUUCAACGACAUCAUAUGCGCAGCCAAACUCUUACUCAGCCAGCUACCUAGUCAAAGUGAAAGCAAAGAGGAUUAGACGAUCAGCCACUCCCGCAGCCUCAACCGGCGCCUGGACGCUGCCAAGAUUCGGAUGCCUCCUGACGGCCCGAAAGUUGAUGAAACGCAGUCAACCGAAGCAUUCCCAUCCCUCUAUCAGCCAACCAUUGAAUCAACCCCUUCAUUUCUCUCUAUUGACCAAGGUUAUUGCAGCCGCCAUUCAGGUUCAUUGCAUGUGGAUGCCUCGUACGACAUCGCCUCACGACUCACGUACGCCUGUAGUCAACGUUACCUUUCCCCUCCUCAAUCUGCCAACCGCUCCAGUAUCAUGA